CCCAAAUCCUCGACUCCUUCCCCGCUUUCCCUGUCUCUCUGUGGGACGGUUGCAGUCUUUCUAGCUAAUAAUGGCGUUGCUCGGAAGCAAUCCCUCAAGAAAACUCUACGAAAUCCCUUCCUUUCCUCCUUCCAAGGUACUAAAGUUGGUGAUUUUAUGGAUGGUGGUGGCGGGACUUAUGAGGGCGGCGGAGUGCACGAGGCUAAGGCACCACGGCCACCACCGCCGGAGGCCCGGCGGAGGCUUGCCCGCGGGGGCGGCGGCGGCGGGUGCCUUCGGCUGCCGAGCCUACAAGGCGAGCCUGACGGAUUUCGGGGCGGUGGGUGACGGGACCACCUCCAACACCCACGCCUUCGCCGCGGCCGUCGCCAACCUCAGCCUCUACGCCGCCCACGGCGGGGCGAUGCUCUUCGUGCCCCCCGGCAAAUGGCUCACUGGUCCUUUCAAUCUCACCAGCCACUUCACCCUCUUCCUCCACCGCGACGCCGAAAUCCUGGCCUCCCAGGACAUUGAUGAAUGGCCAAUUAUUGAUCCCUUGCCCUCUUAUGGGAGAGGAAGGGACUUACCUGGUGGAAGAUACAGCAACUUCAUCAUGGGAUCUAACCUCACUGAUGUGAUCAUCACAGGGGAUAAUGGAACAAUCAAUGGGCAGGGGAAAGUCUGGUGGGAUAAGUUUCAUGAUAACAAGCUGGAGUACACUCGUGGUUACUUCGUUGAAAUAAUGUACUCAGACCACAUCCUUAUUUCCAACCUUAUAUUCAAAGAUGCUCCUGCAUGGAACCUUCAUCCGGUUUACAGCAGCAAUGUUCUUGUGUUAAAUGUGACAAUUCUUGCACCGGUUACCUCUCCAAACACCGAUGGAAUUGAUCCAGACUCCAGCUCCAACGUCCUCAUCGAGGACUGCUUCAUAGUCUCUGGUGAUGAUUGCAUCGCCAUCAAAAGUGGUUGGGAUGAGUAUGGAAUUGCCUUCAACAUGCCAACCCGACAUGUAAUUAUUAGAAGGCUCACCUGCAUUUCCCCCACCAGUGCCACCAUUGCCCUUGGAAGCGAGAUGUCUGGUGGUAUCGAAGACGUCAGGGCUGAAGAUAUCAUGGCCAUCAACACAGAAUCUGGGGUCAGAAUCAAGACGGCCAUUGGUAGGGGAGGAUAUGUUAAGGAUAUUUUUGUGAGAAGAAUGACCUUGAACACCAUGAAGUAUGUUUUUUGGAUGGCUGGAAAUUAUGGGCAGCACCCUGAUGACAAGUAUGACCCCAACGCAAUCCCAAUAAUCCACAAUAUCAAUUACAGAGAUGUGGUUGCCGAGGAUGUCACCAUAGCUGGAAAGUUGGAGGGACUUCCUAAGGCACCCUUCACUGGGAUAUGCUUGUCUAAUGUGACUGUGGAUGUUGUGAAGUCGAAGAAGCUGAAGUGGAACUGCACCGAUGUUGAGGGGGUCUCAAGUGCUGUGAUGCCUACUCCUUGCGACUCACUCCGAGAUCUAGGAGCUGAUGAUGCUCCAUGCCCUUUCCCAACAGGUUCUUUACCCAUAGAAACUGUUGCAUUCCAGGAAUGUCAAUACGGAAGAGUUAAACUGUGAGUGUUGGUGUGAGCUUUGUUUUAUUUUCCUUGGAGUCAUUCCUCAUGACCGAUGUCUGCAAGGAGAAGAGCUCUUAUGUGCUUCUGUCUCUUGAUAAUUGGAGGUUCGAUGAGGAAAACUAGUGUUGCAAUAAGUCAUUUGUUUCUCCUAGGUAUUGGAGUUUUUUCCUUUUUAAAGUAUAUUAUGUCAUGUGAGUGCAUGUAUGUGAAGCUGGACCUAAAUUUGUGACCAACAAGUGGUAGUUUAAUGGCUACAGGGGCUACUGCAAGUGAUUCUAAACCUUUUACUUCAUUAUGUAAAUUAAACUUUAUCAUCUGAAAGUUUAUAUAUAUAUAUAUCUGGAAUUUGUAUC